AUGUGGCUCAUCAACACCCAGACCUUGGCACUGGAAUACUUUACCAGUCCCAAAAAGGUCCCCUACGCCAUCCUCUCGCACACAUGGGAAACAGAAGAAGUUACAUUUCAAGAGUUCCACGAACUGGGCACAGCAAAGUCUAGAAAAGGGUUUGCCAAGAUCUCCAAAACGUGCUCCAUUGCCAGAGACCGGGGCCUUGAAUAUGCAUGGGUCGACACCUGCUGCAUCGACAAGGAGAACGGCGCAGAGCUUUCAGAGGCCAUAAACUCCAUAUUCAGAUGGUACAAGGAUGCAACCGUCUGUCUGGUUUUUCUUUCCGACCUUGCUCAAGGACAUGAGAGUGGGUGGGCUUCCUGCCGCUGGUUCACCCGGGGCUGGACUCUCCAGGAGCUCAUAGCACCAUCGAAUAUCGAAUUUUACGACGCAAGAUGGAAUUUCAAGGGUACCAAGAGGAGUUUGCUGCGUCUUUUGUCCUCGAUAACCGACAUAGAUGACACUGUCCUGUCGGGAGAGACGAGACUGGACGAACUGCCCGUGGCCAGAAAAAUGUCGUGGGCAGCGAGAAGACGAACGAGCCGGGAUGAGGAUGUUGCAUACUGCCUGAUGGGUCUGUUCGAUCUUAAUAUGCCACUAUUAUAUGGCGAAGGCCAAAAAGCCUUUAUGAGGCUGCAAGAACAAAUUUUGAAUCAGACGCGCGAUCUUAGCCUUCUUGCCUGGACCGCUCAAGAUGAGCCUCACCCAUACGAUGACUAUGAAGACGGCGAUGACACAACACAACAAUUCAGAGGCAUUUUCGCUAGCUCCCCAGCUGAAUUUUAUGCAUGUAGGAGCAUUGUCUCUCUGCCAUACCAUCUUUGGGCACCAAUGAGCGAGGAAUUUAGCAUCACGAGUAAAGCGUUGAGGACCAACUUACCUCUGAUUUAUGGCGAUCAGCCGAUCGAGAAAGAUGGGAUUUCGAUCGUUCAAGAGACGCAACCGUGGAUGAAAAGGACACCGAAGAACUUGUCGCUGCGCCUGCAGUGUCUGGAAAGUGGUUUGGUGGGCAAGAUGACAGCGGGCUUGUGUAUCGUCAUCCUCCUCAGACAGACCAGCAAGGGCCACGUUCGAACAGGGUUCCGAACGACGCACUACACAUGCGACACCGGUAUCGGGGAGAAUCAACAAGAGGUCUACUUCACCGCCCCGACACAUGUCAGCCCUUACCUCUCGCGCAAGAUCUGCUCAGAGUACACCGGAGCCCUGUGGCUACCGAGCCCGAUCCUCGGCGGUCCUCGGCUCCAGGAGGCGUUUGCGCCGCCCGAGGUCUACGACCAGGCCAACAGCGUCUUUCGGCUGGACGGCGGGCCCGGCAUCUUUCGCAUCUACCUCGACUUUAGCAUCGACCUUAACCCUUCGCCCGGAACAAACGAGAGUGGCAACCGACCGAGUGUCCUCCACUUUCUGCUGAUAGUGAGUCAUCGCGGAGACACCAGAAGCGGCGGCAAUGACGACGACCCAAAGCCGGCAUUUUCCUGUGCCAUCAUCCCCGAGACGUCAAAUUUGUACCAAGUAGCGCUGAGCCUUCUGCGGGAACAACGCCAGCGGGGCAUUGACGAGUUUUUCAAGACGGAGCUCUCUUCCUUUCACCGGCCGCUCCCGAAAUUGGUCGAGCUGAAGUCGAUAGACGGUUAUAUGGGCGAGUUACGGCUAGACAUAGUCAGAGUUCCGAUGGAAGAGUUCAAGCUGGUGGACAGGCCGGCCAAAGAUGAUUACUUGUACUCGAUUCAACUCGGAUGGAAGCCUUGGGUAUCAACGAACACUUUGUCUUUUGUCUCGCAGUGA